CACUCCAGCUGAUCGGCCUUGGCUCCCGGUGCGGUCCGUCGGACUGUACGCGGCUAUUAAUAAUUUUUCGAGGUUCCCCCCCCACGUUAGCCGGAAAACACAUCAGUUUGUGCUCUCGGCGACGUGUGUUGUGUUUUUUGAACCGAGGAUUUAUCUUAUAAAGCGUACUUGGAAAACAGCUGGCUGAGGAAUUUCCUCCACAACAAGUAGGCCGCUAGUUUAUCCACGGUCUUUCUUUAGAGGAGGUCGCCGAUUUUCACACUUCGCUAUGGGGGAUACAGGGAGUGAACGGAGCAAGCCGCCGAGUAACGUUAUACCUCCGCGGUGUCCUUGCGGAUUUUGGGGGUCAAGCAAAACCAUGAACCUCUGCUCCAAAUGUUUUGCAGACAUCCAGAAGAAGCAACCAGACGAGGACUGUGCUUCAGAGCCUGCCUCCAGCUCCAGCAAUAGCCAAUCAGCCGUCUUCUGUACCGAGACAAGCAGCAGCAGUAGCCAAACUCUGUCUUCUGGCUCUGAGGGGCCGUCUACAGAUGCCACACCUCUCUCGAAACAGGAAGAAGUCUCGAGUACAGAGACAGCCCGGGGCACACUAUCUACUCCAUCAAAACGGCCCUGUGAUUCAGUCUCAGGUUCAGAGAGUGAGGCCUCCCCAGAGAAGCGGGUGCGUGUCGGCGAGUCCUCUGAAGAAUCUCAGCGAGGGCCUAAGCAGAAGAACCGUAGGCGCUGCCAUCGCUGCCAAACCAAACUCGAGCUUGUACAGCAGGAACUUGGCUCAUGCCGCUGUGGAUACGUAUUCUGCAUGCUCCACCGGCUGCCUGAGCAGCACGACUGCCUGUUUGACCACUUGGGUCGUGGGAGAGAGGAAGCUGUGCUUAAGAUGGUCAAGCUGGACCGUAAGGUGGGCCGAUCCUGCCAGCGCAUCGGAGAGGAGUGUUCCUGAACACACAUGCAAUUAUACGCGCGCGCACACACACACACACACACACACACACACACACACACACACACACACGUAUACUCCCUUUCCAGUCUCUCUUCCCCUGAUUCAACUGAGGCCAAUGGUGCUUAGAUCCUCAGUACUGAACAAUGUUACACGCACCCCACUCACUUAGCACUGUACACACACGCGCACACACACACACUCUCUCUCUCCUGGCUGUGACACUCCUCACAACUGUCUUAAUCUCCUUCCUGUGGAUUUUGUCGGAAGAACACCAACUCAAAGAAAAAAAGGAGAAGCAUCUACUGGCAUUUUUGGCAUGCUGUAGUCAUCUCUAUUUUUUUCCUCUGCCAGUUUUGAUUCUACAGUCCAUCAUUAUUAAAAAAAAAGGAAAGAACCAGCCUUCUGUUGUUCUGUCAGUUUAGGUUUUCAAAUAGAGGUCACAAAGUCAGGGGUCAUUCCCAAAUUCCCAACAUGAAAACCUCCAUCAGGCCACAAAGCUGAAGAAAGCAUGAUCUUUGAUUGAGACUGACCUUUGAACGCAUGAGAGGAAUCAGGUUCCACCUGCCAACCUCCUGCCAACCUUUCAUCCUCAACCUCUGGUCUAUUUGGAGAAUUUUUUUUUCUUUUACCUCCAGAAGCUCUUAUUAAUAUUUAACCAAUUUCACAACCUUGUCACAUUUUUUUGUAUUUUGGAUUGGAAAUGUUAGUGUGGCUCUUUGGCCUUGGAGAUGCCCUCUGCUGUCAUUUUAGAGGUGGCACUGUGCCUCACUUUCUCACACUCAUUCCCUUACCUGCGCACACAUGCAUGCACAUACAUACAUACAUAAACAUGAGUUGUUUUGAUAUAUUAUGUUCAUCUGCACACAAAUGUGUGCGCCCAGCACAUGGACAGAAGCUAAAUUGGUACCCUUUGGACCGGGUUCAUUCGGCAUUGUGCACCCCAGGGCUUUAUGGGAACUGUAGUUCAGGUCUACAUACACUUCUGUAUACGUACAGCUCCACUCAGACUUCAUAUGAUGUAUUUAGUGAUGCUCUGCCUCCAGAAAGCUACAGUUCUCAAAAUGAUUCUUCCCUCCUUUCACUUCUUGCCCUUUCCCUGUUCUGGUUGUCCUUUUCAUUCAUCCUUCAUUUUUCUUCUCACUUUCAGUUUUUCACUUUCCCUCCCUUUUGUCCAACACACGGUUAUCUCGUCUGUCACAUUUUCCAAGUGGCUUUAGGAGGGACUGGGUUUUGAAGGCUGGAGGCAGAAUGCUGAAUAUACCUUUUUUUUCCCCCAAACUUUAAACCGUUUUUUUUUCUUUCUGUUAAAAGGACAGAGCCGAAGACAUUAAGUGAAUAUCCUGUAUCUUAAAGAAAUCCUUAUUUAACCAUCUUUGUGUUUCUGAUUAACUCGCACUAGCAUAGAGCUGCGUUUCUUUUCCCUCUUUAGGUUAACCUUGUUAAAGAGAUAAAAAGCAGUAUGGAUAAGAUAAUUCUGUAGCCUCUCUUUGGGUUUAUUUGUUGUGUUUUUUUUCUCCUUUUUUUUUCUUUUUCCCUCCUUUACUUUUUGCUGAAAGAAUAAACUGGAUUAGUGAAG